GUUCCAGGAAGAUGUCCAGCCCGGGUGUCGACGGUGACCCCAAGCCUCCAUGCUUGCCUCGAAAUGGCCUGGUGAAGCUGCCCGGCCAGCCCAAUGGCCUGGGGGCAGCCAGCAUCACUAAGGGCACGCCGGCCGCCAAGAACCGCCCCUGCCAGCCGCCCCCCCCCACCCCCCCCCCACCCAGCCUGGCUGCCCCGCUGUCCCGGGCCGCUCUGGCUGGGGGCCCCCCCGCAGAGCGGCCACCACUGGCCACAGAUGAGAAGAUCCUCAACAGCCUCUUCUGGUACUUCUCAGCAUGCGAGAAGUGUGUGCUAGCUCAGGUGUGCAAGGCCUGGCGGCGCGUGCUUUACCAGCCCAAGUUCUGGGCCGGCCUCACACCCGUGCUGCACGCCAAGGAGCUGUACAGCGUGCUGCCCAGCGGGGAGAAGGAGUUCGUGAGCCUGCAGGGCUUCGCCGUGCGAGGCUUCGAGGGCUUCUGCCUGGUCGGUGUCUCUGACCUGGACAUCUGUGAGUUCAUCGACAACUACGCGCUCUCCAAGAAGGGGGUGAAGGCCAUGAGCCUCAAGCGCUCCACCAUCACCGACGCUGGCCUAGAGGUGAUGCUGGAGCAGAUGCAGGGGGUGGUGCGCCUGGAGCUGUCCGGCUGCAAUGACUUCACGGAGGCGGGACUGUGGUCCAGCCUCAGCGCGCGCAUCACCUCGCUGAGCGUGAGCGACUGCAUCAACGUGGCGGACGACGCCAUCGCCGCCAUCUCCCAGCUGCUGCCCAACCUGGCCGAGCUGAGCCUGCAGGCCUACCACGUGACGGACACGGCGCUGGCCUACUUCACGGCCCGCCAGGGCCACAGCACGCACACGCUGCGCCUGCUCUCUUGCUGGGAGAUCACCAACCACGGCGUGGUCAACGUGGUGCACAGCCUGCCCAACCUCACCUCCCUCAGCCUCUCGGGCUGCUCCAAGGUCACCGACGACGGCGUGGAGCUCGUGGCGGAGAACCUGCGCAAGCUGCGCAGCCUGGACCUCUCUUGGUGUCCACGCAUCACGGACAUGGCCCUCGAGUACGUGGCCUGCGACCUGCACCGUCUGGAGGAGCUCGUGCUCGACAGGUGUGUUCGCAUCACCGACACCGGCCUCAGCUAUCUGUCCACCAUGUCGUCCCUCCGAAGCCUUUACCUGCGAUGGUGCUGCCAGGUGCAGGACUUCGGGCUGAAGCACCUCUUGGCUAUGAGGAGUUUGCGUCUCUUGUCUCUGGCAGGCUGCCCGCUGCUGACCACCGCAGGGCUGUCUGGCCUGGUGCAGCUGCAGGAGCUGGAGGAACUGGAGCUGACCAACUGCCCUGGGGCCACACCUGAACUCUUCAAGUACUUCUCCCAACACUUGCCCCGCUGCCUCGUGAUCGAGUAGCCCCCGGGGAUGCGGCGCACCGUCCAGCCUCUCUCCCAACGCCGCUGGUCCCGCACCUGGCUU